AUGGAUAGGCUCAAUGACCAUAUGGUGGCCACGGCCAUUGUUUAUAAAUUAUAACCGUGAUUAUAAAACGAGAAUCAAAAUGAUUUUAAAUGCUUUUUACAAUUUAAGAAGCAAAAGCCGAGUCAUCAUAAAUCUUAAUAAAUUAUUAAGAAUUUCGUUGGCAUCAAACCAGAGAUGGGCAUCAUCAUCACACGCUUUGGAUUUUCAAAACGAAAAACUACAACAGUAUUUAGAAUCACUCAGGAAAGAGUUUUAUGAUCUGCGUGUGAAUUCUUCAGGCAGUGCGAAUGACUAUCAGAGAAUGAACCAAUUAUCGGACAUAGUAAAAAUGCUAGAACAACAUAGAGCCCUGAAGGGAAACAUGGCUUCGAGGGAGGAUAUCGAAGCCGAAAAAGAUGAAGACAUGAGGCAACUAAUCGAAGAAGAAAACCAAGUGUAUUCCGAACUGAUGAGAAAAACAGAAGUCGAACUUCUAACGAAAAUGCAGAUUUUGACGGACAGCGGCUAUUAUCCUUCUUUGAUCUUUGAAGUGAAUGCUGGUGCAGGAGGUCAGGAAGCCAUGCUAUUUGCAAAGGAAUUGUAUGACAUGUACUUGAGCUAUUUCGAUAAUUGUGGUUGGGACUAUGAAGUGCUGACAGAGGAUACCACUGAUAUUGGGGGAUUGCGUCACGCAAAUGUCAUAGUCAAUGAAGAGGAGGCGUUCAAGGCGAUAUGUUACGAAGGUGGAGUACAUCGUGUGCAACGAGUUCCGGCUACCGAAAAAUCAGGAAGAAUUCAUACUAGCACAGCUUCCGUGGCCAUCAUACCACGACCGGCAGAUAUUAAUGUUGUUAUAGCUGAGAAGGAUUUGAAGAUCGAAACCAAACGUGCGAGUGGAGCUGGCGGCCAACAUGUUAAUACAACAGAUUCAGCAGUACGUAUUUUGCACAUACCAACGGGUAUAGCCAUAGAAAGUCAAACGGAACGAUCACAAAUAAAAAAUAAGGAAAUAGCAUUAAAGCGUCUGAAAGCCAAAUUGGAACAAAUACAGCUGGAGUCUUCUGAAGCCUCUACUAGAGCUACUCGUCGUGCACAGCAAGGCAAUUUGGACAGGAAUGAGAAAAUCCGUACAUACAAUUUUGUACAAGAUAGAAUAACUGAUCAUCGUAUUCAGGGUGGUACGGUGCAUAAUCUUAAGGAUUUUCUGCAAGGCGGAGAGCAUUUGCGAAGCCUUAUGCAAAAAGUUGCCUUCGAAAUUCGCAAGAAAAAGUUGGUGGAGCUUGUUGAGAGUUGGCAAAUACCUGAAGAAAAGAAAGCAUAAAAAAUAAAUGUACUUGUUUUUAAAUAAAAGUAAAUGUUUUUGUUAAAAAAUGUA